AUGACGACGACUGACGAAGACCGACGCAACGACGACGAAGAUACCAAAAAGGCUCCACGAGAACCAUACCACCAGUGGGAGCUUAAAGUCGGAAAUUGCAACAUAUCAUCACUCAGAAGAAAAGAACAAGGAUUGGUUGAUGAGGUCACGAAUUACCCACUCGACAUUUUUGGACUCUCGUCAACAAAACGCCCAGGCUCUGGACUUCUGAACCUCAAUGGAUGGAAGCUGUUCUACUCAGGCGUCGAUAUCACGACUCGCGCUCAGGCCGGUGUUGCCCGGCAGAACCCAACCUUGUCGAUAGAAUAA